GUGUUGGAGCUGACCGCUCGCGCCCGCGCCGAGGACGCCUGGCCCGACGCCGAGGCCGCAGAGCCGAGAACCCGCGACCCGCGCCGGCUGGCCGCCCCGCUGGCAACAUUGCGGGCCCCGCGCCGCCGCGCCGCUCCUCCACCGCGCCGCGCCGCCUCCUGCUCGCCGCGCAUCCCCGCCGCGCGCACCGCCGCCGUCGCCGUACAGACCGUCGACACCUGGCCCGCGCCGUACGAGUUCCUCAUUGGAGACUUUUAUCGCAGCCUGACCGCCGACGCGAGGAAACGGGAGACGGAGACCGCACCGGAGACGGUCUCGCCCUGUGAGAGGCUGGACAAGUACUUGGCCGAUCUAUACGCGGGCCGGCCGCCACGCGCCGACAGCGAGCUGGCAGAACAGCUCGCCCUCGCGCACGCCCAGCUCCUGCACGAGCGCUGGCGGCGCGAGGCCCACGCCGAGCGUAACCGCCGCCUGCUCGGCCGCUGCCGCCAGGCGCGCGCCCUCGAACUGCAGAACGCCGCGCUGCGCGACCAGCUGCGCGCCGCGCACCUCGAGCGCGACGAGCUGCGCGCGC